AUGGCCUCUCCCUACAAACCGUCGUCGCUUAAGCUGCUGGGCUCCAAAGCCCCUCGGCCGUAUCUUGGUACACUUCUAGUUGUCGACGGAGCGCAAAAAGCAUACCUUGAGAUUGGACACAUUGAAUUGGCCUUGGUGGUCUUACCUUUGGAGAGAAACAGGGUGCGGCAGUCCGUGCAGCAAACGGCAUCAUCAGUGAUGAACACGCUGGGUGAGCUGUGGUGGGUGGGUUUUAUUUUUUGUUACGUGUGGUGGUCUUUCCUUCUACAGUAUAGAUUCUUUGGAGAGCCUGUGGUAGAAGCUUGUGUUGAAAAUGGUGCGAGCUGCAUUGACAUCUGUGGAGAACCCCAGUUUCUGGAAGGAAUGUACCUGAAAUACAACGAAAAAGCUGCGGAAAAGGGAGUGUAUGUCAUUGGAAGCUGUGGCUUUGACUCUAUACCAGCUGAUAUGGGAGUACUGUACACCAGAGACAAGUUGAAAGGUACCUUAACUGCUGUUGAAAGUUUCCUGAAGGUGAAAUCUGGGCCUGAGGGCUCUUGUGCACAUGAUGGGACCUGGAAGUCAGCUGUUUAUGGCCUUGCGGAUCAAGACAACCUGAGGAAGCUUCGAAAAAAGAUAGGAUAUGCCCCUGUUCCAGUAGUUGGUGCAAAACUUAAAAGCAGAGGACUUGUGUUUUACAAUCAGCAAUUCAAAGAGUACUCCAUUCGAUUCAUGGGAUCUGAUGGUUCCGUUGUGAAACGGUCUCAGUGUUACUUGCACACAGAGUUGCAGGAAACACCUGUGCAGUAUGGCGCUUAUGUGAACAUAGGUGGUCUUGGCUCUGUUAUCAAGCUGAUGUUUGCCGGCAUUUUAUUUCUUCUUCUUGUGAAGUUUAGCUUUGGGAGAAAACUUCUGACAAAAUACCCGGAAUUUUUCUCUGCUGGAUUCUUCACAAAGAAAGGACCAACCCAGAAACAGAUGGAUGGAACCUCUUUUACAAUGACUUUUUUUGGCGAGGGUUACAGUGAGGGGCAAGACCCCCAGUAUGGCAAACCGAAUGUAAAGAUCUGCACUGAAGUGAAAGGACCAGAGCCUGGCUAUGUUGCUACACCAAUUGCAAUGGUUCAAGCAGCUGUAUCUCUUCUGGAGGAUGCAGCUUGUCUGCCUAAACGGGGUGGUGUAUAUUCUCCAGGAGCUGCUUUCUCCAAAACAAAACUGAUCGAUCACCUCAACAAACGUGGUGUUGAGUUCUCUGUUAUUAGCAAGCCUGAACUCUGAAGUCAAGACAUAACUGUAUGAACUAACCCCUUUCCUGGGUCUAACUCCAAUAAAACUCAUUUGGCUGUAAAAGCCUAAUCAUAAAAUAGUUUCACUGUGCUAUUGUUUACAGCA